UUUGGUAGAAAUGAGGGUCAUGCUGUUUUGCCCAGGCUGGUCUCAAACUCGUGGCUUCAAGAGAUCCUCCCACCUUGGUCUCCCACAGUGCUGAGAUUACAGCCAGCAACCAGCUGGCUCUUUUUAACCCACCUUGUCAACCUCUGCCCUUCACUUCGAAUCUGUGAACAUACCAUUUAAUGAAACUACUUACACGGUUGGAUUUAGGUGCACUUUUAGUAUUGCUUCCUAUGUGUCCCCUCGAUUUUUUGUUCUUUUGUUCUUUUUCUUCUGAAUUUUUGGGGUAGUUCUUAGCAUUUCAUGUAUCUGUUGGCUUUUCGGAUCUGUGUCUUUGUAUUGUGUGUUAGUAAUUGCUUGGGAGCUUCCAGUCUGCGCACCUAGCCUUCACUGUCUGCUUAGAGUUAAUGCUGUGCCCAUCCCAGAAACAGGGGACCUUGCUGUCAUCUGGGUCCCUUUAAUCCCCUGCUGACCUUUUCAUUGUGCUGUCACGUGUAUUACCUCUGUGAGCAAUGGAAGCCCACUAAACAGUGUUCUUUUGUCUGCAGUCAUACAUAUUUAAGAACUCUUAAGAGGAAAACAGUGGCAUUUGGUAUUUACCGUUUCUGCUGCUCUGCCUUCCCUCCUCAAGAUCCAGGCUUCCCUCCGGUAUCAUUUUCCUUCAACCUGAGGAACUUUCUUGGGCAUUCCUUAUACAGCAGGGAUAUUAGUGAUAAACUGUCUCUGUUUUCUACCACCUGAGAUUCUUUAUUUCACCUUCCUUUCUGAAAGAUACUUUCCCUAGGUAUAGAAGGCCUCAGCACCUUUUUUCUUCACGCACUUGAAAAUAUCACUACCUGCCGGUUAAAAGCAGUGUGGAUCCUGGCCUGCAUCCCGGAAGAUAAGAAGGGUGCUCUUGGGAAACCGCGGAGCCCCGAGCGCCACCUGGCACUCAGCGGCAGUGCACCAGCGGUGGCCACACAGGCGUGGCGGCCACACAGGCACAGCUGCCGGGGACACUGGGAAGAAAGCCCGCGGGAAUGCCUUUGCACCUUGUCCACAAAUCUAAACUCAUCUCAAAAUCAGCCGUCUUUUAAAAUAUAUUCACAGGAAGAGUAACCAGGGGAGGUGUCCUACGGAGAGGUGGCCCAGCGUGGCAGUGUGGUCAGUCAGGGAACGAGAGCACCUGUGUGGAGCAGGGAGGUGGCGCUGAGGGCGGGUCACAGUAGGGCUUGAGCAGCUCCACACGUGUCUUAAAGAGCAUGGAGGCCCAGUUUCUUAUAGGCAGAGAAUGGAGUGACCAAGACCACAGGAGAAAAUUAGAAUGAUCCCAGAGUGCUGAACUGGGAUCAAGGACGUCCUGCUCGUAGCUGGCCUGCCGCCUCCCAGGUGUCAGGGGCGGUCCAGAGUCAGGAGAGGCUGAGGAACCUUCUAGCCCAGAGAGCCGGCGGAGGCACGGCAGCUGCAGGCAGCAGGGAUUGGGAUGCAGACUCUCCUGCGGGGGGGGGCUCCUGUGGGAGCGCCUGAGGAGGGGCUGUUGGUCAUGGCCGGUCUCGGGGAAACACACAUGGAAUGUUCCGGGUGCAGGGAAGUCUGGUCAGUAACUGACUCAGUGAUUAGGAGAAAGUUCUUUGUAUUCUUCCAACUUUUCUGUAACUGUGAUUGCCUCAGAAUUAAGGCGAAAUAGCCAAGGACCCCACAGAGGAGUGACACCCCGCCUGAAAGGAGGUGACCCCUUUUCGGAGGAGUGAGGCCGUGGAGAGGGAGGCAUCCAAGCUGUCUCAAAGAAGGAGGCAGGCAGUGUCCCCUCGUUGUGUUCCCACACGGGCCUCGUGGCCAGUUUUCAGCUGAGUACCAGGGGCCCUUUCUGUACAUGCCUCUCAUACUCAGGAUGGGGAGCGCCUUGUGAGGUUCUUCCUGUGGGACCCGCUGAAGAAUGGGGGGCUUGGGGAGCAGGCAGUGUUUGUGCUCGUGGUGAAGGGAGAAGGGCUGUCCUCUGCUAGAAGGCAGGGUCGCCAGCUCCCUCACUGUGCCCUUGGCACCUGCAGGGUCACCAGCUGCCAUGAGCGGCUGAAUGCACACAUGACCACUGAAAUAAGGCUCCGAGAGUGACAGCAGCUGUGCCAGCCCUGUCGCUGUGCAGAUCUGUUCCCACCAACACCACCGUCAGGCACCAAAAGCAUGGGUUUUCCACACCAACAAUUCACCAGCCCUCUCCAGACACCACCGGGCACCCGAUAAUUCACUUCAGUCUGACCCUGCCGUGGUUAUCACAGACCCCAGGGUUAGGGGCUCAGUCACACCAAACCACCUCCCAUUUCAGAUGCUAAUUGCAGGGCACCCACACUUCUGUCCAUCUUGGCUAUACAUUGGGGGCUCCUGCAACCCCUUCAGGUUUGAUAAUUUGCUGUAGUGGCUCACAGAACUAAGGAAGGCAGUUGGUUUGCAUUGCCAGUUUACUAUAGAGGAUGCCACAGGAGGCAGAGGUGGGCAGCUGGGUGAGGAGAGGCACAGCGAGGCCUGGAGGUCCUGGGCACAGGAGCCUGUGUCCCUGGGAAGUUGUGUGUCUGCCCUCACAGCACAGGAUGUGUUCACCAAACCGAAAGCUUUCCAGGACCCCAGCUGAAGGAUUUCCAUGGAGGCAUGAUCACUUAUGAACUCAGCCUCCAGCCCCUCUCCCCUUUUUGGAGGGUGGGGGUGGGGCUGAACGGUCCAGGCUUCUCGUUGUGUUUCGGUCUUUAUGAUGACCAGCCCUGUCCCAAGGCCAUCCAGGAGCCCACCAAGAGGUGCCUCAUUAGAACAGAAGACUAUCCUGUCACUUGGGAAGUCCAAGGGAUUUAGGAGCUCUGUGUCGAGCACCCCUGUCACCCCCAUCACUCAGGAAAUUACCAGUGUUCUGAGCACUCUGCGUCAGGAGCAGAGGCCAAGUGUCUGCUUCUCAUUCUCUCAGUGUGCCCGCGAGGGCCACUGUUGUCUAGCUGUGUGGAUCAGCUCAGCCCAUCCUCACCCCCAGCCCUGUCCUUACAGCUCCCCAUCCUAAGUACGAGUGUCCUUACAGCUGUGGAGGCUGAGGCCACACAGGCGCGUGGCUAUCCCUGAGACUUGGUUUCCAGAGCCUGGAUGCUUAGCUGCUGUGACCCACGUUUAAUGUUUUUGUUGUGUUCCAGUUUAACAACUUUAAAGUUGCACAAGAUUACCCACUUAAUAAUAUUUGAAUAAAUGGGUGUCUUUAUUUUCAAGAAAUUUUGACUUGCAGUUCAGAUUUCCUUUUUAAUAUUUUUGUUGAGCAGAUACUUGAUAUUCCAUAAGAGGGCAUGUCUAGCGUGGUGGGUGAUUUAAUGUUUUAAAUCCUUUGUACAGAAAGCCUGCUCUCGAGUCACAGAUCGGCUGACUGGGUCAGGGCAGAGAGGGGGCCAUGACACCUGCAAGGCUUUUCUCAGCAAGAUCGAGGACCAUGUUUGAGGGCGUGGGGCACUGGGCCUUGUCCAUGCAGGCUGGCCUUAAGCCCAGCCAGCUACCGCCACGGCAGGUUUCUCCCAGGCUGCUCUCGGUCGGCUGUGCGGACCACGCGAAGCAUCAGGAGCUCCCGGGGAAGAAGCCACUCUCUGAGAAAAAGCUGAAAAGGUAUUUUGUGGACUGUCGGAGAGUGCUUGUCUGUGGAGGAAACGGAGGCGCCGGGGCAAGCUGCUUCCACAGUGAGCCCCGCAAGGAGUUUGGAGGCCCCGAUGGAGGGGACGGAGGCAACGGCGGGCAUGUCAUUCUGAGAGUUGAUCAGCGAGUCAAGUCCCUGUCAUCGGUCCUGUCGAGGUACCAGGGUUUCAAUGGAGAAGAUGGCGGCAGUAAAAACUGCUUCGGGCGCAGUGGCGCCGUCCUCUAUAUCCAGGUCCCCGUGGGCACGCUGGUGAAGGAGGGAAACCGAGUUGUGGCUGACCUGGCUCACCUAGGCGACCAGUACAUUGCCGCACUAGGUGGGGCCGGAGGGAAAGGCAACCGCUUCUUCCUGGCCAACGACAACCGUGCCCCUGUGACCUGUACCCCUGGACAGCCAGGACAGCAGCGAGUUCUCCACCUGGAGCUGAAGACGGUGGCCCACGCCGGGAUGGUGGGAUUCCCCAACGCCGGGAAAUCCUCGCUUCUCCGGGCCCUUUCAAACGCCAGACCCGCUGUGGCUGCCUACCCAUUUACCACCCUGAAGCCCCACGUCGGGAUCGUCCACUACGAAGGCCACCAACAAAUAGCAGUGGCCGACAUCCCUGGCCUCAUACGAGGCGCCCACCAGAACAGGGGCCUGGGGUCUGCCUUCCUCAGGCACAUUGAGCGCUGCCGCUUUCUCUUGUUCGUGGUGGAUCUUUCUCUGUCUGAGCCGUGGACUCAAGUGGACGAUUUAAAAUACGAACUGGAGAUGUAUGAAGAGGGCCUGUCUGAGAGGCCCCACGCAAUCAUCGCAAAUAAGAUUGACCUCCCUGAAGCCCGAGCCAAUCUGUCCCAGCUCCGGGAUCACUUGGGGCAGGAGGUCAUCGCACUGUCGGCGGUGACCGGUGAGAACCUGGAGCAGCUGCUGCUGCACCUGAAGGUGCUGUAUGACGCCUACCUGGAGGCCGAGCGGGGCCGGGGCCGCGAGCCACUCAAGUGGUAGCUGUGGCAGAGCGGGUGACUUCUGGGCCGCUGGCCGAGCACAUGUGGGUGUGAACUCGGUGGCUUCGAAUGCAUCAAGAAAGUGCCUUGUGGACACAGCAGAGUUGUGGUGCUUUUAGCUCUCAGGGGCCCCACCCGCCGGCCUGGGAUGCCCUCAGGUAGGGGAGCAUUCUGUGUCCCCGCCCCCCAGAUUUCCUACACCUGUCAGCAGGUGCCGACUGAUAGCCAGCCGACUCAUCUGUGCUGAUUAACACCCCUAAUGAGGUGUUGGGGUGCCCACGCCGCAGUGGCCCUGCUGCUGACUCGGGUCUCCGCAGCGCAUGCAUGGACUCUCGGGUGAGCUCAGCAGAACCGCACAGCCAGACCCCCGGUCAGCGGUGCAGAGCGGCCUUCUCAGCACGGAGCCCCUCCCGCCUCCAUGGCCUGCUGCAGAGGGAGACCUCUGGAUCCACACUGGGGUUGGGUACGCCCCACUGUCCACAGCCCUACGGAGCCACAAGGCACCGCUGCACCAGUGGUGGGGACGAGGACGUGAGUCCAGGCAGAGCAGCGAGGACAGCUGUGUGCUUUUCUCCAGCGCCAGCCGUCUGAGAAGGGCAGUGAGGGCCAACUCCUUCCUGUCCUUCAGAACGCUGCCAUGUGCUGGCUGGGAGCCAGGCGCCGGGAAGCCUCAGGCUUCACGACUGAAUGCACCCAAUAUCCGCCCAGGCCCCAGGAUUCCGGCUGGGCUGCCGUGUGCAUGGCGGGUUGCUCACUAAAGGGGGUGUGGGCCAGGGAACGUCGGCAUUACUCCCAGAAGGCGACGCGGCAUGGGCAGAUAUGGUGACAAGUGGAAGGACACUUGUGCCUGCUAGUGUGGGGCAGAAUUUCCACUCGGCUCCAUUUGCUUGGGAUUGGAGGAGAACCCUUGUGCUGGGCCAGGCGGUUGCCAAGCCUUCCUGACCCUGUGGGAGAUGAUGGGCCUCUUCCCCUGGUGGGACGGUGGCUGAGGGGGCCUGUGUUUGCCCCUCGAGGCAGCUGCAUCAUCUUCUGUCUGAUUGCACAGGGCCCACAGGACAAGGACAGCUGAGUUGCUGGCAGCCUGCCUGUCUCACAGAAGCCCCCAAGUAGUCUCAUGCCUCUCACAUAUCCCUGAGGGCCCCUAAGAAAGAAAGUGGAGGGGACACUUGGGAGGCUGAGGUGGGAGGAUCACAUGAGCCUGGAAGGUCGAGGCUGCAGUGAGCUGUGACUGCGCCACCGUACUCCAGCCUGAGUGACAGGGCAGGACCCUAUCUCAAAAAAUAAAGUGGAGGGACAAAAAAGCAGAGAAGUGUGACCAGAGGGGGACCAUGGCCCUUACGGGAGAGACAGCGCCACGUUGUGGAAAAUGUGCGCUGGGGUGAGGUGUCCUUGACACACUAGGCGGGCUUUCUGGAGCAGUUCUCUUUUGAUCUCACAUCAAAUCUGCAGCGAGAACAUGACAGUCCUUUUACCCGAAGCUUUAUUUUAAUGUCUUAUAAUUUCAAAGGUCCUUCUAUCCUAGAAGCCAGAGACAGGUUUUGCAUCUAUUUGCUUUUCCUUUCAGGCCACCACAAAGGGUUUUGUGGAAUCAAGCGAGGCCAGAGAGCCAUAAUUAUCCCUGGCUUUCAUCUAGGUGCCCUUACCGGGGAUGCUCAAGAUGCCUCGUGGUGCCCCCUGCACUAAGCCCCCAGCCCAACCUCCCCGAGGCUGGAAACCUUUCUCUGCACCUGACUCUCAGGCUGCCCGGGGACCAGGCCAUUGCUUUUUACUGAAGCUGGGGCUCCAGAGGGGAAGUCACCAUGAGCCAGGUUGCCCAGAAAUUUCCUUGCUGCAAAAAGCCCCAAAACUUCUCCCUGCCUCACACAGAGCUUUUGCAGUCCUAAAAGCUGACACGUUUCUCUCUAACACUGUUCUCACUGAGGGGGGAAACUCCACACCUUUCUCUCUAACGCUGUUCUCACUGGGGGGGGAAACUCCACACCUUUCUCUCUAACACUGUUCUCACUGGGGGGAACUCCACACCUUUCUCUCUAACACUGUUCUCACUGGGGGGGGAACUCCACACCUUU